UUUAAUAAUGCAGUUUUUCUUUUAUUGUUUGGUGUUCCUCUCGACCGUAUCCGUCGCGGUAUUAUUCGAAGUCAAAAAGAUAUACGUCAUCGAACGCGAUUUCAAGACAGCUGUACUUCGUUCAGGUUACGUAUUGCUGCAUGCGUUUGCCAGCGAGCUCUCAGCAAGACCUGUUAACGUGAAACGUCAGUACACCACGCAAGAUUUCGGCCAGGAGUCCGCGAGUUCGGUGCGGAACACCAAACAGUAUCCGAGCCCGAGUGGCGGGUCUCUGUUCUUCGGCGGGGGUGCAGGCGGCGGGGGAGGUUUCGACGCCUCCGUUGCGGCCAACACCAAGUUCACGCCACUUGACGCCGUCAUACGGCCGGCGCCGUCCAACAAAAACGUGUUUUGGGGCACGCCGAAGACUGCACAACAGCAGCCGCUCCGGCCACCGCCUUCGUUUGCCGAACCAAACGCGUUCCGGUUUAACAACAACAACAACAACAACAACCAUUUGCACCAGCUGCAGCACCACAACAACCACCAUCACCAUCACCAGUAUGUGGACGCGUUCCAAAUGCCGUUCACGGGCCAGUUUGACGGGCCGCUGUCGCAAGGCACGGUUGCCGACCACGUAGUGCACACUUCGUUCAGGAUCAAGCGACAGCUCCAGGACGACGGACCGCCGCCGCCGGCCGAGAGUUUGGACGCGACCGAUCGCAGUGACGACGAACGUUUCGGUGACCGAAAACCCGUUUACAGUUUUGUGAAGACGGAUAAAAACGGAAAUUUCAAAUGGAGCGUCAGACACGGAUACUGAUGGACUCAUGACUUAACCUAACCAUGCCUCGCAAGCUCGAUUGUUACGAUAUUGUGUACGGGGUGGUCAAUUUUUAACGCAGUGAGACGCUUGUUAUUUCGGAAAAACUAACGUUUUUGUAAAUAUUUUAAACGCUAACUAAAUAUUUCAUUUAUGUAAUUUUAAGUUAUUACAGAAAAACAAAUUA